UUUGCGUCAGAAUUAAGUAUGUAUUUUUAUUAAGACAGCGAUUGCUGUAUUUAUUACAAUCAUGAGUGGGAAAAGGGAUAGAAUGAUAAAUGAGAUAUUUCACACUGUUCAGUUUAACAAGACUUGUCAUCAAAGCAAUUUGAAGAAAUUAAAGAAAUAUUACGAGAAGACUGACUUAAAACAUUUCUGGAAUUGUUUCGAGUCCUGUUUUAAAAUUCCCCUGACCAUUGCUCAAAACCAUCCACGAGUUCUAAAUACCUUGCAAUUUAUUGCCAAAUUUUGUGCUAGUUUGUAUACAGUUUCAGAUGACGAAGAGGUAGAGGAGCCUCUGUGCCCAUUUCUUGUUAAAAUGUUUAAUUUUCUUCUGACACAUCAUUGUGCUAAAGAUCCAGUUGUAAGAUACCGAAUUUGUCAUUUCUUAAACAUCUUAUUGAAUUCUAUGGGUGAUCAAGCCUUUAUGGACGAUGCUCUCUGUGAUCAAAUUACUGUUACCAUGAUGGAACGUUUGUUAGAUAAGUCUCCAAAGGUAAGAGCACAAGCUAUAUUCGCAUUGCACAGACUCCAAGAUCCAACAAAUGAUCAGUGUUCGGUCAUAGAAAUGUACAUAUUUCAUGCUAGUAAAGACCCAAAAGCAGAGGUUCGCAUAGCAGCCCUUAUGAGCAUGGGAAAGAAUCAAAAAACUUUGCAAGUAGCAUUAAGACGUAUUAGAGAUGUGAAUGAAAGAGUACGCAAGGCAGCUUAUGAAUUCAUUAGCAAGGUUACAGUUAGAUCUUUGACUAUCACACAGAGAGAUCAAUUAUUGAUCGAUGGACUGAAAGAAAGGUCUGAAUUAGUUAGAAAGUUUGUACAGAAUGUCUUGUUACCAUCGUGGUUAAGACAUUUUAAUGGGAAUUUUAUCAGCUUAGUGAGAGCUCUUGAUGCUGAAAUUGGUACAGACGUAUGUAGUAUGGCUUUGGAAACUUUAUUCAAAAAUAAUCCAGUGAACAUAUUAAUAGAACAGUUGCCAGUAAAUAAAGAUACGAAAUUAAUUCCAAUAGAUGAAUUGGCGAGUGAAAGUGUAUUAUACUGGAAGUGUUUAAUAAAACAUCUGUACCGUGAAUCUUGUGUAGAAGAAUUGGAAAAAAUUCUACCCGAAUUAUCCACAUUUUGUACAUACAUCUCAGACUACUUAGUAGCAAUUUCCACAGAAGAGAAAGAAACAUGGGAGAAUUACAUGCAAAAAUUCAUUCUCUUGCAAUUAUUUGAAAUAGUAACUACAUAUGAUUUAUCUGAUGAAGUUGGAAGAAAGAAACUACACGAAUUAAUAUGCAACACAUUAAUGAGUAACUAUUGGUCUGAAAAAAUCAUCGAAUGCAUAGUAACACAUUUCCAGAAAGUUGUAUUAGAUGUAAAUACUAGAUUGGACAUCUUAGUUAAUAUAAUAAGUGACAUUAGAUUACCACUGAAAGAAGCUACACAGUGUACCCAAAUUUCUAAAGAGCAACAGCAUGACAUUAAUUUGAGAAGAGCAAAACUUAAAGUGAAGUUGUUGGAAUUGAAAGAAGAAGAGUACCAAGCCAUCCAAGAGAAACAAUAUUUGAAGGCUGACAGUUUAAAAAAUGAAAUAAAUGAAUUAAGUGUUGAGAUUGCUAAAUUGUCAGAUGAACUUCCGCUUACAACAGCUGUAGAAGAGAUUAAGGAAAAGAAUGAUUCGGAAACAAUGAUUAAAUGUCUGAGCAUAAUGUGCACCAUGAUGCAAUCAGUGACUUCAUUGACACAGAGUCUUAGGAGUAUGAUGCAAAUAGCUCUUGAUAGUUUAGAUCAUCCAGACGAUAAAGUACACAUUUUGGCAAUAAAGGCAGUCAGCAUUUGCUGUAUAUUGGAUAAAGAACUAGCUAAAAAACAUAUAAUGAUGUUGUUCCUGCAAUUUUCCCUGGAACAAGAAAAUCAAGAGAUAUGGCUUAUAACACUGAAAGGAAUUUUCGAUCUCCUGUUAUUGUACGGUUUCGAACAUUUUGACAUCUUAGAAAAUGCAAACGAGUCUGCUGGUACGACUGAAAGAUCACACACUGUGAAGUUGUACACCAAUGUCAAUGAAGAAAGUUCUCUGACGUCGACGCUGAGAUCAACGACGGAGAACAACUAUUGCAAUUUCAUCAAAAUUAUAGCAGGAUUAUUAGAUAACGCGAAUCAAGGACUAAGAACGAUUGCCGCUGAAGGUCUUUGCAAGUUGUUGAUCAACCGACGAAUCAGUAGCUCGAAUUUAUUAUCAAGAUUAAUAAUUUUAUGCUACAACCCAGUAAACGAUCAAGACUUUUACCUACGGCAAUGUGUGAGCGGGUUCUUUGACCAUUUCGCAAUACGGGUGCCGGAUGCGCUAGAGAUGCUGGAGGAAGCCUAUUUUCCAACGUUGCACACUUUAAGCAACGCACCGACAAUUAGCCCGUUGCAGGAAAUUGAUCCUUACGAGGUUUCGAAAUUCAUGCUGAAUUUGACCAGUGACAGAAUUUGCAAAUCCGGCGCGCAGAGCUAUUGCGUUCACAAUAGUCUCGUCUUUCGCAUAUUAGGGGAAAUGUUAAAUCCGGCCAGCACCAUUAAUAUGGAGACUCUGAUUAAAUCGCUGAAACAUUUGCAUGUAGAGAUAGUGGAUAAUACGUCAAGAGAAAAUAUACGAUUGGCUGUAAACAAAAUUACAGAAAUGGUGAAAGGUGAGGAUAAACGUUUAAUGAAGCAUAUAGAGCUCUUUAAACAGAAGUUAGAAUCUCCAAAUUCCGUUGAUGUACCAGAAGAGGAUGAAGACACCGAAGCUGACCCUUGA